ACUGAUCAUCACCAAACAACCAACAAAGAGCACUCUGUCAGUACUGAGCGAGAGCGAUCGACUUGGCUACAACGUCUAACUGACCGGUAUGGGGCAGAACCUGGACAAAGUGGAGGAGGGAAAUCAGGUCCCGGGUGAAGGAUCGAAGGAGACAGGGCCGAGCAAUGACUCCGGAGGUGUAGGCAAUCAAACAGGUGAUGUCAUGGAGGGAGAAAACUCAUGUGAGAAGGAAGCUGGUAACACUGACGAAAAUUCAGGGGAGCCGAACUCUCAGCAUCUGGAUGGGAGCCCCAGCAAGGAGCCAACAACACCUUCUGGUGAGAAGCACAUAAAUUUGCGCGAGAGUUCUUCUGCUGCAAGGGAGGUGAGACAGGGAGGGGCUGCAGGAAAGGAGGGAGGAGGAGGAGGAGGAGGAGGAGGUGGAGGCAGCAAUGCUCUACCGGUUCCACAUGAGUCGGACAAGAACCACAAGAGUGCUUCGGGAAGUAAGGAAAGUGCAAGAGCACACAAGGCGUUGAAUCAAACCAGGACAGAGGAAAAGAAGACAGGGGAGAAGCUUCAAGCCUCCUCAAAGAUCAAGAUGGAGAAUCAGGCUGAGGAAAUCUUACCACAGAAGGAGAAAGAAGACAUAAACUCAGAGGGAUCUGUGAUGCUGAAGAACAGCAAAUGUGGAGCUCGUGCAGAAAGUAAGUCGCUGCUUGAUGUAGAGCUGAAAGAGGCCUUGAUUGUUGAAGUUGGGAAUGAGGAUAUUGAGCUUUGUGCAGAAACAGUGGGUUGGUUGAGUGAGAGGAAGGAACCGCCUCCAGCUCAACACCAACAUCCUUUGAAAAACAGCCUGCAGAAGGAGUCUCUAUUAGACGUGAGUGAUACCAUUCACUCCAAAAGCAAAAGACCUCCAAAAGAGAGAGCAGAGAAUAAUACAAAGGAGGAAACGCUAACAUGUGUGCCAAUGCCACUUGUGAAUGACUACUCUUCAGCAAAGGUUACUGACACUGAUGACCAAGGAGAGCCACAAACGAACACAUCUGAAACAAAUACAAAUCAAGCCUUGUCCUCAGAUUUAGCAUCAAGUCCAGUCAUAGACAAUGAGCCUAGCUCUAUUUUGGAGAAGCUACUAAAGAGAAACAAAGUAGGGGCAACUUCAUCUCUUUCUAAAAUCAAGGAGGUCGACACUGGCAGCAAGGAAGCCACAGAUGUUCCUGUGGAGAUGGAUGCGAAGAGGAUCCCUGACAGCACAAUGACAAAGAUUUCAAGUGACCACAUUGAUCAGUCAAAACCUGGCAAGAAGGGUGUUUUAGCCUCCUCUGCAGAUUCUAAAAACAAACAACCGAAAGCAAACCUUGAAAAGAAAGAUAACCACAAUAAGGACCUGGACAUGAAGCAGACAGCCACUGCGCCCAGUGGGACCUCAGAUUCACUUUGUUCUCAGCCUGAUACUAUGUGUGACAGCUCACUCACAAAAUCACAGAAUUCCAUCAACUCAACAGAUGCUUCAGUGAAGGAGGAUACAGAGAAGAAGCCAAAGAAAGGCCCCACUACAAGUGUGCACUCAGACAAGUUACAAUCAGCUGUUUCACAUGAAAGAACGUCAUGUGAUGCGAGUGGUGUGAUCUCUGAGGAAUCUGCACCUUCUGAUCCAAAGUCUCCAACUCCAAGAAGUGACGGGAAAAUCGCUGACUCAGGCCCUUCUCUAACUGCUGAGAAGACAGACAGCGGGAAAGUAAAAGCAUCUUUGCAGGAUAAUGGUGACACUGAGAGUAAAACUGAUUCACAGCUAUCUGGCUCAAAGAAGGCAGAUGCUCAGUCGGCGAAUAAAAAGAAAGUGAAAGAGUCCCCCAAGGACAGUGCUGCACCAGCUGUGGAUGCUGGCCCUGUUGUGGCUGCAGGUGGGUCAGUUAUCUCAGAGGAAAGCCAAAAGGUCUCAGCCAGCGAGAAGCAGGAUCUUCAUGUGACGCUGAACUCAGAAACUGACAAAAAAACUGGCAAAGAGAAAGAUGACACCGUCUCAAUGAGAGACAAAUCCCAGAGCUCUCCCAAAUCUAGGCCUGUCUCAGAACUCAUAAAGGAGACAAUUCAGAUGCACGAAAAGCUGCAGCACCAGGACCGGCCCAAGCCAGUUGAAGUCAAGUCUGAGGAGCCGGGUCAGUCUGUGAAGGUGGCACAGAUGAAGGCGGCUUUUGACUCACCUCAGAAAACUCAGGACAAGGCAGUCGAGAGGAAGCCAUCAAUGAGAAAAGGUAAGGGCAUCGAAAUCUAG